AUGAAGAAGCAUCCGGGACAACUCACUAUCGUCAUCAAACUCGGCACCUCGUCGAUUGUCGACGAGAAGACACAUGAGCCGUUACUAUCCAUCCUCAGUGUGAUCGUCGAGACCGCCGUAAAACUCCAUAAAGCUGGCCACCGUGUGGUCCUCGUCUCCUCGGGCGCCAUUGGCGUUGGCCUCCGCAGAAUGGACCUCGAUAGACGACCGAAGCACCUCCCACAAGUGCAGGCGCUCGCUGCUAUUGGCCAAAGCAGGCUCAUGAGCCUCUGGGAUCAGCUUUUUGGGCACAUGCGGCAACCAAUUGCACAAAUACUGCUUACGCGAAACGACAUCGCGGAUCGGACACAAUACCAGAAUGCGCAGAACACUUUCUUUGAGCUGCUACACAUGGGCGUCAUACCGAUUGUGAAUGAAAACGACACGCUGGCAGUUACGGAAAUCAAAUUUGGCGACAACGAUACGUUGAGCGCCAUCACAGCUGGCAUGGUGCAAGCCGACUAUCUCUUCCUAAUGACAGACGUCGAUUGUCUGUACGAUACAAAUCCGCGCAAGAAUCCGAGCGCGAAGCCUAUAGAAGUGGUCGAGGAUAUCGCAGACCUAGAAGUGGACGUCAGCAGUGCCGGCUCAUCGUUAGGGACGGGAGGCAUGAGCACAAAGAUUGUUGCAGCACGGUUAGCCACGAGUGCGGGCGUUACAACUAUCAUCACCAAGUCAAGUAAACCUGGGAACAUCGUGGCAAUAAUCAAGCAUGCCGAAGCACAGAGGCCAACACGCAUAUCGAGUCGCAACAGCAUGACGAACUUCCAAGACGAUGGCAUACCGCUUUCGCAAACGGCCAACCUCAACCUGCACAAUUCUACCCAUGACGUCUCUUCUCCGACCCAAGCUACGCCUGCGCGAUCACCAUCCCCACAGCUCGACACCGAACAUGUCCCCCUCCACACCCGCUUCCUCCCCAUCGCCCAUCCCAUCCGCGACCGCUACUUUUGGAUCUUGCACGGCCUCGCUCCCCACGGAACGAUAUAUAUCGACAACGGCGCAUGGAAAGCGCUCUCCGACAAAGCCGGCCUCCUCCCCGUCGGCAUCGUCGACGUAGACGGCCACUUCGCCCAACAAGAAGCCGUCCGCAUCGUUGUCGUGAAGCGCCUUCCAGCCGCCAGCCCUAAAGUCACACCCAAAACCACCGCACCCAUCGCUCCCGUCCCCUCGCGGACAGCAGCCCACCCCGUCCUCAACUCUGGUCACGCGCCUUAUACGCAUCCCGCUCUCACCCACUCGAUGUCCUCGUCCUCAAUCAUCACGCCGCCGCUGUUCGAGUUGCACGACCCUGCUCCUUUUGAAAUCGGGCGUGCAGUGGUGAAUUACUCGGCGAGCGAGAUUAAGAGGAUAAAGGGGUUGCAUAGCACGCAGAUUCAUGAUGCGCUGGGCUAUGCAGAUAGUGAGUAUGUGGCGCUGAGGGAAAACAUUGCGUUCUUUGGGAUUGAGAAGAGUAGGCCGAACACGCCGAGUGCUGGGAGGAGCUCGAAUAUGGAAGGAGGUGUGGGGGUGGAUGUGCAUUGA